AAUGCAUGCUCUUGCUAAUAUUCAACACGAAAAUGACAACAGAACUAACGUACGAACCUUACUCGUUUCGCUAUUUAGAGCAGGCGAACUUGUUCAGGAAGCAGUUCAUCUUAUUAGCUCAAGAAACAUGGCAGAGCAGGUCGCGAAGAUGGAGAUCAAAGUGGAUCUUCAGUGUCGUCGCUGUUGCAAGAAGAUCAAGAAAAUCCUGUGUGAGAUCCCUCAAGUAAAAGAUCAAAUCUUCGACGAGAAACAAAAGAAAGUGACGAUCACAGUGGUGAGUUGCAGUCCCGAGAAUGUCCGACAGAAGAUAUUGUGCAAGGGAAGAUGUUUCGUUCAAGGCGUCGAGAUUUUACGUGAAAAGAAAGGGGACGAUGAUCAAAAGGGCAAAAAGAAGAAAGAAGACGAUGCAGGUGGUUCAAAAGGUGGAAAGGUUGAGACCCCUUCAACUAAAAAGACAGAUCCUCCUCCACCGGCGCCAGCUGACCCGCCGGUCUAUGUGAUGGGGUGGGUGUGUGUUUGUCCCCCGUGUCUUAAUCGGGGCUGUGGUUCGUCCUGUCCAUGCAGCUGUCACUGUGGGUGGCCACCAAUGUGUGUUGAUGGUUGCGGGAGGCCAGCCCACGAGUGCAGAUGCGGGAGGCCACCGAUGUGCCAUGAUGGUUGCGGGAGGCCAGCCCACGAGUGCAGAUGUAGGAGGCCACCGUUGUGCCGGGAUGGGUGUGGGAUGCCAGCCCACGAGUGCAGAUGUAGGAGGCCACCGUUGUGCCGGGAUGGGUGUGGGAUGCCGGCCCACGAGUGCAGAUGCCGGAGCCCUAGUUACCCGAGGUGUUGCGAUCGAUGCAAUAAUGAAAAUGCCUGUUCAUCAUGGACCCCGCAUGGUUGUGACUGUGGAAGGCCGCCGGUAUGCACCAAUGCCGGCUACGAGUGCGAAAGUUCCUGCUCGCUUAUGUAAGGAGAGUUUUGUGAUAUUUGUUGAUGUGGAUCUUCUACCCCGCACGAUACUCUCUUCGGUGCCUCAAUAAAUACCAACUAUUGGCUUAUGGAAAUGAUAUUUUAGUAACGGUAAGAUUUGUUGAGACACCGAGAGAGGAGUAAGGUAUAUAGUAUCUUCCAUUAGAUACACGUGAACGUCGUCGCAGCUUGAUUAUGUGCCAUGAGGAUUGAUAUGUUGAAUUAUGCUUUACCACAGGUUUUAACUUACUCAACUUUGUAUUACCUGUCACCUACUGUGAUCUUUAAUGUAUUUGCUGAUUUCAGACUUGUAAUA